GGAUACACAAACGCCGCUGAGAGGACAGCUUUUGUGCUGAAACUAAAAACCAACCCUGAACCUGACACAUGAAUUAAAACUAUUCCUGCGCAAGAGGCCGGUAGAGGACUGCGUGGAUAAAUUGUUGAGCGAGCAUGGAGUUCCCGCAACAACAGAAGCCGGCGGGAGACGGCAAAAUCAUCUAUCCUCCUGGGAUAAAGGAAAUUACUGAUAAGAUCAGCAACGACGAAGUGGUCAAACGGUUAAAGAUGGUGGUGAAGACGUACAUGGACAUGGACCAGGACUCCGAGGAGGACAAACAGAAGUACUUGGGGUUGGCUUUGCAUCUGGCGUCAGAGUUCUUUCUGAGGAACCCCAAUAAAGAUGUCAGGCUGCUUGUGGCCUGCUGUCUGGCAGACAUCUUUCGCAUUUAUGCCCCAGAGGCACCUUACACCAUGCAUGACAAACUCAAGGAUAUUUUUCUGUUCAUCACAAGACAGCUGAAAGGGUUAGAGGACACCAAGAGUGCCCAGUUCAAUCGCUAUUUCUACUUGCUAGAGAAUCUGGCAUGGGUUAAGUCUUACAAUAUAUGCUUUGAGCUGGAGGACUGCAACGAUAUCUUCAUACAGCUCUUCAAAACCCUCUUCUCUGUUAUUAAUAACAGUCAUAAUCAGAAAGUACAGAUGCACAUGUUGGAUCUGAUGAGUUCCAUCAUCAUGGAGGGAGAUGGAGUCACACAAGAGCUGCUGGAUACCAUUCUCAUCAACCUCAUACCAGCCCACAAGAACUUGAACAAACAGGCGUACGAUUUGGCAAAGUCUUUGCUGAAGCGGACUGUGCAGACCAUUGAAGCAUGCAUUGCCAAUUUUUUCAACCAGGUGCUGGUACUGGGGAAGUCCUCAGUGAGCGACCUAUCCGAGCAUGUGUUUGAUCUCAUCCAGGAGCUCUUUGCAAUCGAUCCCCGCCUGCUGGUGUCAGUAAUGCCCCAGCUUGAGUUCAAACUAAAGAGUAAUGAUGGGGAGGAGCGGUUGGCAGUGGUGAGGUUGUUGGCCAAACUGUUUGGUGUGAAAGACUCUCAGCUGGCCACUCAAAACAGGCCACUCUGGCAGUGUUUCCUGGGAAGAUUUAAUGACAUUCAUGUCCCAGUGAGACUGGAAUGUGUGAAGUUUGCAAGCCAUUGCCUGAUGAACCAUCCUGAUUUGGCAAAAGACCUCACGGAGUUCCUUAAAGUGCGGUCACAUGACCCAGAAGAGGCCAUCCGCCAUGAUGUCAUUGUAACAAUAAUCAACGCUGGAAAGAAGGACCUAAACCUGGUGAAUGACCAGUUACUGGGGUUUGUCCGGGAGAGGACUCUGGACAAAAGGUGGCGUGUGCGUAAGGAAGCGAUGAUGGGUCUUGCCAAGCUGUUUAAGAAGUACUGCCUUCAUCACGAGGCAGGGAAAGAGUCUGCCGCGAAGAUCAGCUGGAUCAAAGACAAACUCUUACACAUCUACUACCAGAACAGCAUUGAUGACCGGCUGCUUGUGGAGAAGAUCUUUGCUCAGUACAUGGUUCCUCACACUCUGGAGACUGAAGAGAAGAUGAGAUGCCUUUAUUACCUCUACGCUUGCCUGGACACCAACGCAGUCAAGGCUCUGAAUGAGAUGUGGAAAUGUCAGAACAUGGUCCGAGGGUUGGUGAGGGAGCUGCUGGAUCUUCAUAAACUUCCCACGUCUGAAGCCAACAAUACUGCCAUGUUUGCGAAGCUGAUGGCCAUUGCCAAGAACCUGCCAGAUCCAGGUAAAGCUCAGGACUUUAUGAAGAAGUUUAACCAGGUCCUUGGGGAGGACGAAAAGCUGCGUGUGCAGCUGGAACAGCUCAUCAGUCCCACAUGCUCUUGCAAACAGGCCGAGCUGUGUGUGAGAGAAAUCACGAGGAAGCUGACGUUCCCCAAGCAGCCCACGAACCCCUUUCUGGAGAUGGUGAAGUUCCUACUGGAGCGGAUUGCUCCAGUACACAUCGAUUCAGAAGCCAUCAGUGCUUUGGUCAAACUGUUGAAUAAAUCCAUUGACGGAAUAGCUGAUGAUGAGGAGGAAGGAGUCUCACCUGACACAGCCAUCCGCUCAGGUCUAGAGCUGCUCAAGGUUCUUUCAUUCACUCACCCCACCGCCUUCCACUCAAGUGAGACUUACGAGUCCCUUCUGCAGUGUCUAAAGAUGGAAGAUGACAAAGUGGCUGAAGCUGCCAUACAGAUUUUCAGAAACACAGGACAGAAGAUUGAGACAGAGCUACCACAGAUACGAUCAACUCUGAUUCCCGUCCUGCAUCAGAAAGCAAAGCGUGGCACCCCACAUCAGGCCAAGCAGGCGGUCCACUGCAUCCACACCAUCUUCCACAACAAAGAAGUGCAGCUGGCCCAGAUAUUUGAGCCUCUGUCUCGCAGCCUGAAUGCUGAUGUGCCGGAGCAGCUGAUCACUCCCCUGGUCUCGCUGGGCCAUAUCUCCAUGCUGGCUCCAGAUCAGUUUGCUUCUCCCAUGAAGUCCAUCGUUGCAAACUUCAUCGUCAAGGACCUGCUCAUGAAUGACAGAUCAUCAGGGAAUAGAAAUGGCAAACUCUGGACCACAGAUGUCGAGGUGUCUCCUGAAGUGCUCGCUAAAGUGCAGGCCAUCAAGCUUUUGGUUCGCUGGUUACUGGGGAUGAAAAACAAUCAGUCGAAGUCUGCCAAUUCCACACUGAGACUGCUGUCCGCCAUGCUGGUCAGUGAGGGUGAUUUGACAGAGCAAAGGAAGAUCAGCAAAUCGGACAUGUCCCGGUUGAGGUUGGCAGCUGGCUGUGCCAUAAUGAAGCUGGCCCAGGAGACCUGUUACCAUGACAUCAUCACCCCAGAACAGUUCCAGCUCUGUGCACUGGUCUUAAAUGACGAGUGUUACCAGGUGAGGCAAAUCUUUGCCCAAAAGCUGCAUGUGGGCUUAAUGAAGUGGACGCUGCCGCUUGAGUAUCUGGCCGUGUUUGCCCUCUGCGCGAAAGAUCCGGUGAAGGAGCGUCGUGCCCACGCCCGGCAGUGCUUACUGAAAAACAUCAACCUCCGAAGAGAGUUCAUGAAACAGAACACAGUGGCAAACGACAAGAUUCCCCAAAUCUUCCCAGAGUAUGUGGUUCCUUACAUGAUCCAUCUGCUGGCGCAUGACCCUGACUUCACCAAACCACAGGACUUCGAGCAGCUCUUAGUCAUCAAGGAGUGCUUGUGGUUCAUGCUGGAGGUGCUGAUGGUGAAGAAUGAGAACAACAGCCACGCCUUCCUGAGGAAGAUGGUGGAGAACAUCAAACAGACGAAGGAUGCCCAAGCUCCGGAUGACCCCAAAACCAACGAGAAGCUGUACAUUGUGGUUGAUGUGGCACUGUUUGUUAUUGUGAACAAGAGCACCUCCUGCCAUCUGGAUUGUCCCAAAGACCCGAUCCUUCCAACCAAAUUUUUCACGGCACCAGACAAGGAAUUUGUCAAUGAUAAGGACUACCUCUCUUCUGAAGCCAGGACGGUUCUUCUCACAGGGAAGGCGAAGGCUGUCCCAGUUCUCGGUGCCGUUAAUAAGCCUUUAACCGUACCUGGGCGGCGGCCAUACACCAAAAUCACCCCAACAGAAUCUGGAAACAACAACAGCUCCAGCACACCGCCGAUCACGCCCGCCUCAAAUAAGAACAGGGACACAGUGGCUGUUGCAUCUGUGACUGAAGCAAGAGAAAAUGAAGAAAAUCCCCCUGUGAUCAUCUCGAAAGAAGCCAAGAAGAAGGAGGAUCCCCAGACAGAGAACAACGCCUCCGCCAACGUCCCCGCAGCACCGUCAGUCUGGCAGAAGCGCGGCCGGGGGCGACCGCCUAAGAACUCACCUGGCUCUCCAGCUACGACACCUGAGAAAACGACAGGGACACAGGCUACUGGAGGGGGCAGAGGCCGGGGGAGGAAGAGGGCAGCACCAGCGCAAGAUAACACAUCCACGGCAGCUAAUGAGCCAAACAAUGGGAAGAUACCAAAACCAGAUGAGGCCAAGAAGGCUGGACCACAGCGACAGAUAGACCUACAGAGGUAAAGAAGAGGCCAUGUGGAAGUUCUACCUGUACAGAAAUUACCUGCCUUCCCACAGCCUCCAGCUCUUCUCAUGCAAAAUGCCCAUCUGUCUCUCUGCCUGUCUCUCUCUCUCACACACACACACACACACACACACACUCUGACACUCUCAGCCAUGCUGCCCAUUAUGAGUUUAUGAUGAACGUGUGUUGUUUUGUUUUUUAGUUGUCUGUUUUGGAACUUGGACAGUUUUAAACUGAGAACGCCUGCAAAUGAAAUGAUGCAGAUUUUCCACUCUGUACUGCCUUUUCUCUGUCCCAGAUUGCUGUAUCACUCGAGUGCAUGUGUGGGCUGAGGUAAGCUUAGUAUCACACCCUGUUUACAUAUAAUAUUUUGAUAAACGGCCAUUUUCUUCCCUCCAUUUUCCAAAAUAUUUUCGUUCACACACCAUUGGUGAUUCCACACAAGUAUGCCAUCCUGAGGCAUCAUGAAUACCUUUAGCCUGUGUGCAGCAGCAUCAAGGGAAGGACAGAGCCAUUCAAGUUUUUGUUUUUCUCUGUUUACAUGUGAACAUGAAACUGGAGUUCUCAAAAAUCUCCACUUUUGCCGGAGUUUUUAGAAAGAAUCGUUUUCAGAGGAAUAAUGUCAGUAUGUGUAAACAAAAGGCACAUACGAAGGGAAAGGUCUCCGUUUUUAAAAUACCCCGGUAUGUGUAAACAGGGUCUCAAUGUGAGUGGCCUAAACUUCUCUAGGUUGUUGUACUUAGAGUGGGGAAGAGAAAUACAUCAUGGACAGAAUUUGUCAUGUGAAUGAAAAUUCUUCUCCCAUCAGUCUAUAAAUUUUCCCUUUUUUGACCACUUUUAAUACUGAAACCAUGGGUAUCUAUCAGCUCAUUAUAUUGGAGAUGAUGAAAUCUUAAAGGUUUUUACAUUGACGAGUCAAUUUUGGUUUAUAAGUUUAGAUAGAAACCAUUUGUAUUGCAUCCAUGGUUCCCACUUUUUCUUGCACAAUUGGAAUAUUUAAUUUGAGGAUUUUUUUAAAUAAUGAACUAUUUUGACAUGUAUGUUGGAAAUGGUCUAUUCCAUUUUUGUUUUUAUUGUCUUCAGUUUUAGAUAACAGACAUUUUUAUGGCAUCCAUUAUUUCCUUUUUGUAGAUGUGCAUAUGCACAAUUGGAAUACUGUAUUUCAUUUCUUUAUUUUUUCUGGAAGUCAGAAAUUGUUUUCUCCUUUUUUGUCCCAAGUCUUAAAUUUAGGUAGCAAUCAUUGUUAUUUUUGGUUCUGAUAUCUUUUUUUUAGAUGUCCACAAUUGGAAUAUUUAAUUUGUCGGGAGUUUUAUUGACGGGAAAUAAAUGCUUAUAGAGUUGAGAGUUGUCCUGAUUUCAGUGACCUACUGAGAAACUGCUCAUUUCAGUUUAAUUUCACUGGCUAACUUAAGUCUCCACACCAUUCAAUCAAACCAUUCUCCAAGCAAACUCAAGAAAGUACUUAACGGUUUGUUUUCAUAUUUUAAUCAAAGAAACGUUACAUUUUCAUUUUCACAAUAAAUAAUCAUGCUCAUAUGA